AAAAAGGAAGAAGGAGGGAGCGAAGCCGCGACCAGAGCCCCGCGUCCGGCUCAAUUUAAGACUACCCUCCUGGACACAUAACCCAGAGACGUAGAUGCACAGCGAUAGGGGAGGAUCUGCCACAGCUUUAGUCGUUUCUCACUCAUUUUUUUUUUUAAAAAGCUUGCCCCGCGCAGGCGGACGGAAACACCUUGAAAAUGCCUCCCGUCGAAAACGACAAGACCGACCUUAAAUCUCGGAUACAGCAGCUCAUUGACUCAAACCAAGUGGUUGUUUUCAGCAAAACCUUCUGUCCGUUUUGUGUGAAGGUGAAAGACUUGUUCAAAGAGCUGAAAGUCGAGUGUAACGUGGUGGAGCUGGAUCUCAUAGACGAUGGGCAAAACUAUCAGGAGAUGCUGCUCGAGAUGACGGGACAGAAAACGGUUCCUAACGUCUUCAUCAACAAGACGCAUCUCGGCGGCUGUGACAAAACGAUGCAGGCCCAUAAAGACGGCAGCCUGCAGCAGCUGCUCAGCGGAGAGAACGAAGCCUACGACUACGACCUCAUUGUCAUCGGCGGAGGCUCCGGCGGCCUGGCCUGCUCAAAGGAAGCUGCUGCGUUGGGGAAAAAGGUCAUGGUGCUCGAUUAUGUCGUACCCACGCCGAAAGGAACCACCUGGGGUCUCGGUGGGACUUGCGUCAACGUGGGCUGCAUCCCCAAGAAGCUGAUGCACCAGACGGCCAUGUUGGCCUCGGCCAUACAGGACGCGCGCAAGUUCGGCUGGGAGUUCGACGAGACAGUGAAACACAACUGGGAGACGAUGAAGACGGCGGUGAACAACUACAUCGGUUCGCUGAACUGGGGCUACAGGGUGGCUCUGAGGAACAAGGACGUCAACUACGUCAACGCCUACGCAGAGUUCAUCGAACCGCAUAAAAUCAAGGCAACAAACAAACGAGGGAAGGAGACGUUUUACACGGGAGCCAGGUUUGUGUUGGCGACGGGCGAGAGGCCCCGUUACCUGGGGAUCCCCGGAGACAAGGAGUACUGCAUCACCAGUGACGACCUGUUCUCGUUGCCCUACUGCCCGGGGAAGACGCUGGUGAUCGGGGCGUCGUACGUGGCCCUGGAGUGCGGAGGCUUCCUGGCCGGGCUCGGACUCGACGUCACCGUCAUGGUGCGCUCCAUCCUGCUGAGGGGCUUCGACCAGGACAUGGCGAACCGCGCCGGAGAAUACAUGGAGGAGCACGGCGUCAAGUUCAUCCGCAAAUUCGUCCCUACAAAGGUAGAGGAGCUGGAGGCAGGAACUCCUGGAAGGCUGAAGGUGACGGCCAAGUCCACAGAGACCGAUGAGAUCAUCGAGGGCGAGUACAACACGGUGCUGAUCGCAGUGGGUCGAGAUGCCUGCACAGACAAGAUCGGUCUGGACAAGGCGAUGGUCAAAGUCAACCCGAAGAAUGGAAAGAUCCCCGUGAAUGACGAGGAACAGACCAACGUGCCCCACAUCUACGCCAUCGGAGACAUUCUGGAGGGAAAGUGGGAGCUGACGCCUGUGGCCAUUCAGGCCGGCAAGUUACUGGCACGACGUCUGUACGCCGGCGCAAAAGUCAAGUGUGACUACGUCAACGUUCCCACCACCGUCUUCACCCCGCUGGAGUACGGCGCGUGCGGCCUGUCGGAGGAGAGAGCCAUCGAGCUGUACGGCCAGGACAACGUGGAGGUCUAUCACAGUCUGUUCUGGCCUCUGGAGUUCACCGUUCCUGGGAGGGACAACAACAAAUGCUACGCCAAGAUCAUCUGCAACAAACUAGACAAUGAUCGAGUCAUCGGCUUCCACUACCUGGGCCCGAACGCGGGAGAAGUAACACAAGGUUUCGGCGCCGCCAUGAAAUGUGGCGCCACCAAGGAGCAGUUUGACAACACCAUCGGCAUCCACCCGACCUGUGCUGAGGUCUUCACCACCUUGGAGGUGUCCAAGAGCUCCGGCGGAGACAUCACUCAGAGCGGCUGCUGAGGUUAAACCCUGCUCGUUUAGCGGGCUGCUCUCACGUUAGCGUCCCCCCCACCACCACCACCACCACCAAAAAAACCUCAUCAGCUCCCAGUCGACCCUCUAAGCUCUGAAGUACCUCCAGCCGCUCGGCUUACCGGGCGGCUGUUACUCAGGACAAACCGAAAUACCACGGCCCGACGUCUCGUUUGGGCCUGUCUGGAGCUUAGAGGAGACUGGGAGAAGCCGGAGUCCGUGAGCGGCUCUGGGAGGGGGGCGUUUUUUUGGGGGGGCAGCCUGCUGAACAGCGGGGUUACUCUGCUGAUUUUUCUCCUGGGCUCCACCAGCGUCUUUUUUGUAAGAGGAGCACCAGCACACACGACCUCUUUGUGUAUGUGUGUGUGUGUUGGGGCUGUUUGUGACGUCCUGGCUCUUAACCUUAAACACUGAGGUGGGCGAGGAUCGAUGUCCCUCUGCAGAAGCGUCUGGAUGGUCCCAAAACCCUUCGUCCAAUCCCCAACUUCAAACACUUCGUCAUUCAACUUCUGUGUACAGAUGGUUGUUUUCAAUAUUUAUCUUUGCUAUAUGGAGGCACCGUGGUUUUCUACCUUUAUAGAAAACUGAGAAGGCGCCUUAGUACCUGCAAACCUACAUCUUUCGAAUCUACAGAGUGAUGCACCGCAACACUUUGCAGUUAUCAAAUGGAAAUGUCAACAUGGAUUGUACUGGCUUGCGUUUUCACUGUAAUUUAAUGCUUGUUGUUCCAUAUUGCUAUUUGCAUUAUGUGUAUGUUUAAGAUAUUAUUCGGUCUCCUAGAGGACAGUGUUGUGAAUGCUGUCUGCGCGUGACAUUGGUCAUCUGUAUAAAUGACUUGUUUGUUGGUAAGAAACCACUGUAGACUACUGCAUCUGUCAACAUUUAAUAAAAGAUGGAUUCACCUCA